AUGUCUGUGGAGGUUGGAUGGAAGAAAUGUCUUUUUUUGGGUUUGGCUGGAAUUUUAAUAGCUUUGAUGCUGGCUUGUCCAUCAAACGGGUUGACUGCAGAUGGAAUAAACCUCUUAGAGUUCAAGAAAAACAUUGUCGAUGAAUUUAACUUUCUUGGGAAUUGGAAUCCAAAUGCUACGACACCCUGUGAAUGGGUAGGCGUGAAUUGCACCUCGGAUUAUGCUCCGGUGGUAUGGUCUCUAGACUUGAGUUCGCGGAAUCUUUCAGGGACUUUGAGCCCUAGUAUUGGCAAUUUGGUCUUUCUAACUUAUCUCAGUGUUUCUCAUAACAAGUUCAGAGGAAGUAUUCCCAAGGAAAUUGGAAAUUGUUCGAAACUAGAAACUCUUUACUUGAAUGAUAACUAUUUUAAUGGCCAAAUUCCUGCUGAAUUGGGUAAUCUUUCUUGUCUGGAAGAUUUCAAUUUGUGCAACAACGAGGUCUCUGGCUCAAUUCCUGAGGAAAUUGGGAAACUUUCUUCCCUUGCUAAUUUUGUGGCAUACACAAACAAUCUUACAGGCCCAUUGCCUCAGUCUCUUGGCAACUUAAGAAACUUGAGAACAUUUCGAGCUGGUCAGAAUGAAAUCUCGGGAAGCUUACCAACAGGGAUUGGUUAUUGUCAAAGCCUGGAAACACUAGGUCUUGCUCAAAAUAGAAUAGAAGGUAAUCUACCUAAAGAACUCGGUAUGCUCAAGAGCUUAAGAGAAGUGAUUCUAUGGGAGAACCAGUUUUCUGGAUUUAUACCAAAGGAACUUGGAAAUUGUACAAAUCUUGAGAUGCUUGCUUUAUACCAGAACAAUCUUGUCGGAGAUAUUCCUGCCGAACUUGGGAUCAUCAUGUCUAUGCAAUGA